AUGACCGAAUCCAAAAGGAUUGCCAUGGAAAAACGAGACAAAGAGCUAGAUGAUCUCCAAACUCUUGGGAAGAAAUUUGAGGCGGAAGAAGCUAAGGAUAAAAAUGAGAAAAUUGUGCUUGAAAAUCAGAAAUCACUAUUUUCUUCUUGGACUAUGGAGUGCAUUCCGAAAGAAGCAAUUGAUGAUGCUAGUUUCUAUUGGCUGGAGCCCUCAAUCACGUUUGACAUAGAAAAUGAUGUGGAAAGUCAAUUCAAUUUUCCCAUAACUCCAAGGGAUUUUCUCUUUCGUUGUUUUGAAAGCAUUGAUAAGUCUUUGAUCUCCGACAGUGUUGUAAAUCAGAAGCUCUUUUCGUUUUACUUGAAGGUUGCCAAAGCACAAUACGAGACUUGGAGCUUGAAGAGAAUAGUGUCUGUGAAGCCUGGAUUUCCUGUUCAGACUGAAGACUUUCUGAACAUAGAAUUCAAGGGAUUCAGAUGA